AAAAAAAGCUCUCCUUCUCCGUCUCAGGAUACCAAAACAGGGACUUGCCCACCUUAUCCAAGUUGGUCCGUCUCAGGAUACCAAAACGGGGACUUGGCCCGCUUGUCCAAGUUGGCAGUUGGAAACGUAGCCCCCUUCUUCUCCGUCUCUUUCCCGGUGCCGGCGACUGAGGGCAAUAGUCCUAACAAUCAGUACCCCUGCUCCCUUCCUCUUCUACGUUUUUCUUCCCAUCGGUUGCUGAAAACUCCAUCGAAGGAGAUUGCAGCGGCGGGAGGGUGACCUACCGCUCCUCUUCUCCGGCAAGUCACCAUAUGAAGCUAUUGAGUUGAGCCCCUGCCCCGGUGCCCCUUCUUCUUCUCCGUCUCCGUUCGGCCAGCGAGUCUAUAUCUUCUCUUCUCCAGUUUCUAAUUGCAGUGGUGAGUACCUGUGAUUGCAGCUGCAUUUCUCGUUCCCUCUCCAACUUUCCAGUGGAUUGCAGCGUUCCCCUGUGAGCUGAGGAAAGGUAGCAUCUGCAAUGAUGGGGUGGUGUAAGCACUGUGCACAAAAUAGACAAAUGGAGCGUGAUCCUAUUAAUGGGUUCUUAUGUUGUUGUAGUUGCGGAAGGGUUAUUGAUCAGGAUGUAUUCUCCACUGAAGUCACCUUUGUAAAAGGUGCUGGAGGGCAGAGCCAAAUGUCGGGUAAUUAUGUGAGGACUGUGCAAGGCGAGCACUAUGAGUCACAUGAAAGGACUUUAAAUAAAGGAAGAGAUGAAAUCAGUGACAUGGUUGUAAGUCUAGGUGUUGGUGGUGGAAAUUCAAUAAUUGAUCCGGCUUUUGCUUUCUAUAAACGGUUGAGAGGAAUUUUACUAGGGGGAGGAGAACAUCACAGGUUGCAGCUGCUUGCCUUGACAUUGCUUGCAGGUAAGGUUCUAUAUGUAUAGUGGGAGUGUUAAGUGGUUACUGCCCAGCGUUGAGUAAUUCUUAGAUGUGUCAUGUGCAGAUCCAUGGUUGUAAAAGUUGACAAAUUUCUGUGACAAUUUGUAAUAUAUCUUGAUUAAAUAUUCUCUGUUCUAUGAAAAUAGUGAAGGGGUUUUAGAUUGGCUUGCUGAUAAUACAUUUAUAAAUAUGGGAGGAAACUGUGAGCUCAUAAUCUUACAAUGCAGCAAUGCAGAAGUGAUCUGGAAAUAUUAUGUUGA